AUGGCGGAGGAGGAUGCGGAGGUCACAGAGGUUGCAGAGGUUGCUGAGGUCGAGGUUGAGAAGCCGACCGAAGUCGUGGAGGAUGUUGACGCUCCAAAGGAGGAGCCCAAGCCAAAGCGUCAAAGGCGAAAUCGAUGGGGUCAGGAGCCUGAAGCAUUGCCUGUCCCAAGUGCAGAUGACCUUGCACUUGCACCUUUGGUAGGCGUGGAUACCUCUGCUCUGGGCCUGCUGCCUGUGCAACCUGGACUGGGACCACCCGGUGCUGCUGGCGCUUCUUUGGACUUGUCAGCUGCUGCAUCUGCGGCAAGAGAAGCUCUAGAAAAGGCCAAGAGAGCAGCAAUGUUCCAGCGGCAGAUUCAAGAACAGAUGGCCAAAAUCAAAGGUCAAGGUCUUAGUGGAGGCUUCAUGACUGGGGAAGCGCCAAAGGCUCGAAAGCUCAUCCUCGAUGAGUUUGGUCGCGAGCUGGACGAAGAUGGGCAAGUGGUCCCGAUGAAGCCACAGGUGGUGAGCACCUUGAAAGUCAAUAUCAAUCGAGAGAAAGAGGCGAGACUAAAGAAGAUCCUGGGCCUCAAAAAGGACGGCGUGGGCGAGAGCUCGUUCUUUGAUCCAACAUUGAAAGUCAAGGAGAGAUCGGAGCGAAUGAAGCGCCGAAGUUUCAGGUUUAUUGAGGAAGGUGAGCUGGUCAAGAAGGAGGCCAAGAUGAUUAAAAAGGUUCAGGAGAAGGCCUUGGGAAUCGAUAAAAAAGAUGAAAAGAAAAAGAAGGAAGAGGAGCAAAAGAAGAAGGACGAAAAGAAACAAGAGGAAGAGGAGAAAGAGCAGCCAGUGAAGAAGAUCGAGCCAAAAGUUCUGAGGAGAGAGCCAAUUCCGGAGGUGGAAUGGUGGGACAUCCCUUUCUUGAAAGAGGAUCAAUAUGGGCAAAAGAAGGCAUAUACAGAGGUGAACGUGGAAAAGAUCACACCCUACGUAGAGCAUCCGAUUCCCAUCAAGAUUACGACAGAAAAGGAGGCCCCCGAAGCUGCCAUGAUGCACCUUACUCCCAAGGAGCGCAAGAAGUUGAGGAGACUGAAGCGCCAGGAGCGAACGCAGGAGAUCCGAGACAAGAUUAAGAUGGGUAUCUUGCAGCCGCCGCCUCCCAAGGUGAAGAUGGCAAACUUGAUGCGUGUGCUUGGUGAUGAGGCCAUUGCCGACCCCUCCACAGUUGAGCGGAAAGUCAGGCAGCAGGUGGAGCAGCGACGAAAGGAGCAUGAGCAGAGAAAUGAGGCAAGAAGGUUGCCAGCGGAAGAGCGAAAACAAAAGAAGAAGCAGAAGUGGAUGGGAGGAGCAGAGCCAACAACGCAGGUGCUAGUUUUCAAGAUCAAGGACUUGGCAAAUAAGAAGCACUUGUUCAAGAUCGACAUGAAUGCUCAGCAAUUUCACCUUACUGGAUGCUGCAUAGCCUGCCCUGGUGUUGCCAACAUGGUAGUUGUGGAGGGCGGCCCUCGUGCUGUCAAACGCUAUAAGAAGCUCAUGAUCAGGCGCAUCAAGUGGACCGAAGAGCAAGCAGAUGAUGAUGAUGACGACGAAGACCAGGAUGAGGUUACUGCACCCAAGCUUCAAGACUUUUGUGUGCUCAUUUGGGAAGGCGUUGUGAAGCAGAGGAGCUUCAAGAACUGGAAGGUGACGCAUGUGCGGACCGAGCCCGAAGCCAGAAAGCUUCUGAAUGAUCGGCAAGCCGAGCACUACUGGGACGUACUGCUGCCUCCUUUUAGCUUGAAUGCCACGUCUAUCAUGAGCCGUUUGAGGUUGGAAGAACAGAGUGCAUUUGCCAACAAGAAUAAGAUACCUGCAAAUCUUUCUCUUGUUCUUACUUGUCAUCUCAUGUUGUUUAAACGCGGCCAGAGCAGUGCGACCCUUCAAAUGUGCCGCGCAGCUGUGAAGUCUCAAGUCGAUCGACACCUGUUGGUCUUGCAGCUUUGCCGAGAUGUCCACAUGGCAAGUUUUAUGAGACUUGUUUCACGUCUUGCAGCCAGGCUUGUUCCAACAGCACGUCGAUUCGGUUCUUUGGUGUCUCGCCCAAUUUUGGGCAAAGCCCCAGUAGCUGCAUUUGUGCCGCUGGGACAGAGGUUCUUCUCAGCCUAUGAGGGUCAAGAAGUGACGGAUGACCAACUCGUGAAGAAGAGUUCGGACUGGGCCAUUGAGGAGACCAACUUCUGCUUGGGCCGUACCAGCUUCGUCCGGUACAAGGAGACUGAUGACCUCGCGCGUCGAACCAAGCACUUGAUGGACUGUCAGCUGAACAAGCAGCACACCCGGUUGCGAGAUGGUGCGUCCUGCUCAGUGUACAGGAUUUGCAUUUGGGCAAGACAUAAAGACUAA